ACCCCACCUGUCUCGUCCUACACCGUCUUUCUUGCUCUCUCUGUCGACCCAAACCCUGCGCGACUUUCCUUCCCUGGCCUCUGGGCCCCCUGAAAGCUUCACACCUGCAAACGCUGCCCCCAGCUGCCGGAAUCAAAAAGGGAAUAGCCAUGGCAGGACUGUUUCGGAAAGUGUAUGACUGGUUGCUUCGGACAUUCUGGUGAGUACGCUAGGGACUUGCUGCUCGCAGCUGACCCAUGUUGCUGGCCUGCCCUGUAUGUACUGACCUGGAGCGAAAGGGCGACGGAGAUGGACGUGACCAUGAUUGGGCUCCAGAAUGCCGGCAAGACGUCCCUCUUGCGCGUGCUCUCGGGAGGCGAGUUCACGAUCGACUCCAUCCCAACCGUCGGGUUCAAUAUGAAGCGGGUACAACGAGGGCAUGUGACCCUGAAGUGCUGGGAUUUGGGUGGCCAGCCUCGCUUUCGGCCGAUGUGGGAGCGGUAUUGCCGAGGAGUCAAUGCGAUCGUCUUCAUCAUUGAUAUCGCAGACAUGGCUGUCCUCCCAGCCGCCCGAGAGGAGCUCCAUUCCCUGAUGAGCCACCCGACCCUUGAAGGCAUCCCUCUUCUCGUUCUGGGGAACAAGUCAGACCUUCCUGACAAACUGAGCGUCGACGAGCUGAUUGAUACGAUGGACCUCAAGAAUAUCAGCCACAGAGAAGUGUCCUGUUACGGCAUCAGUGCCAAGGAAGAGACCAAUUUGGAUGCCGUCAUCCAAUGGUUGAUGAAGUUUGCCAACAGGUGAAGCUGGCGGUCUUGUUUUGGUUCCUUGCGGUAGAUGCGUGUUCCUCGACUCGGCAGUAUUUUGGUUAAGCAGUCCCAAGGGCAAAGUGUCGAGAUGAGCACCGCGAGCCUCUUUCGACGAUUUGACGGCGAUGUGCCACCUUCCAAUGUUAAAAAAGACGGAUGAACUUCUGGCCGGCGACGACCAUAUAUAAUCAACCUCUCGCGAGCUAUCAUCAGGUGGAUGGAAACACCUGCGACACCGUUAGCAUGUCCCAAAGCCCUC